AUGGGACCUCUAGCAAUGGGCUAUGAUACUGCCGUAAUCGGCGGCACAAUGGCUCUCGACUCGUUCAAACGAGAUUUCGGUCUCAACAGCGGCUCCCAACAUUGGCGUGACACCCUCCAGGGAAACAUCGUCUCAACUUUCCAAGCCGGUACAUUCUUCGGCGCCUUGUUUACCUUCGCAAUCGGUGAGAAAUUCGGUAGAAAGAAAGCAAUAAUACUAGCAGUAGCAAUCUUCUUAAUCGGUGGCACACUCAUGACUUGCUCGAAUGGUCAUCUACCAUUAAUAUACGCCGGACGCGCUAUUGCCGGGUUUGGAAUAGGAUCCGUAUCGCUGCUUGUUCCGGUUUAUAUUGCUGAGACUUCACCUCCAUCGAUUAGAGGUCGUUUAGUCGGUAUCUUUGAGGUUUUGUCUCAGGCCGGUGGGAUGUGUGGGUUUUGGAUAAAAUAUGUUGUUAAUCGUACGAUUUCAGUUGAUACGAAGGUGCAAUGGAUUAUACCACUAGCUUUACAGCUUUUGCCGGGAGUUCUACUCCUUUGUGGUAUAUUCUGGUGUCCCGAGACUCCGAGAUGGUAUGCAAAACAGGAACGGUGGGAAGAAGCUAUCGCCACACUCUCGUGGAUACGGAAACUUCCAGCCAGCCAUGAAUAUGUUAGAGGGGAAUUAGAGGAAAUUCGACGACAAGUAUCAUCGAGAAACCUGCCCUCGGAGAAUAGGAAUACCAAAAGAUACUAUUUAUCCCGGAUUUUCCAAAAGGGCACACGAAAUCGUAUAGGAAUAGGACUACUUCUCAUGGCAUUCCAGAACCUCACAGGCGUUAAUAUCAUUACCUACUAUUCUCCUCGUAUAUUCGAAACACUCGGAAUUCAAGGAACCGACACUAAACUCUUCGCUACUGGAUUUUACGGCGUCGCCAAAACCCUUGGGAUGAUAAUAUUUUCCGUAUGGUUAGUCGAAAAGGUUGGAAGACGAAGGAGUUUGAUAUGGGGUGCAUUCAUCGGAUCUAUUCCGAUGUGGUAUCUGGGUGGUUAUGUUUUAAAAUCUGACCCAACAGAGGCAGCAAUAAGAGGCGAUGUUGCAAGAAGCGGAUGGGGAUACUUAGCUAUGGUUUGCGUGUAUCUCUACGGUUUGAUAUAUUGUGCUACUUGGCAAGGCAUUACUUGGGUCUACUGUUCCGAGAUCUUCCCAUUGGAUAUCCGAAUGCUCUGCGUCGCUAUAACAACAGCAGAUCAGUGGUUUUGGUCGUUUAUCAUAUCAAGGACGACGCCGUAUAUGAUUACGUCUCUGGGAUAUGGUACUUAUAUGUUUUUUGCUUCUCUGAUGGUCUGUAUGGGAAUAUGGGCGUGGUGUUUUGUGCCAGAAACCAAGGGGAAGGGCUUGGAGGAAAUGGAGGAUAUUUUCGGUGUUAGAAAGUUCCAGGAUUCGGAGCAGGGAAACGGAAGGGGGAGCCAUGUUGAAGAAGAAGAAGAAGUCAACGGCCAUGAUCAUGAUCACGAUGUUGGUGGAAAGCCUGCCUCGGAACAUAUUGAGAACCCUGAUGUUUUAGAAAAAGUAGAUCGCAGUUAG